UUGUGUGCAGAGUCGAGACCGAUUUGCCCUCUAGCUGCACAAAGGUAGUAGGCCCAGAUACUCUGUUAUAAGCGACCGGCUAAUUCCUUGACAAAGUCUGGUUCAUAUACGUUUUGAAACUUCACAUUUGAAACUGUUCGUUUAGUUUUUUAGUCAUGGUUUUGAUAAUAAUCUGCCUAAGUGUAUUCGUAGCAUCGUUUUCGGUCGAAGCGCGAGUGUCUAAAAGAUAUGUAAUCGGGUGCCCUGACCGCUGCGAUAAGACAAUGUGUCCGACCGUACCAAAGGAUUGUUCGACGGGGCAAGGUCUGGACCAGUGUAACUGCUGUCCCGUGUGCGCCUCCGGAGAGGGCGAAGCAUGUGGCGGUGUUGGGAAGUUAGGAGACCCGGUGUGCGGUGAGGGACUAGAGUGCGCCGUGUCGACUGGGGUUGGGUACACCGCCACGGUCCGGAGAAGAGGUAAAACUGGCGCUUGUGUGUGCAAAGGCACGGAUCCCGUGUGUGGGAGCGACGGAGUGUCCUACAGGAAUAUUUGCGAGCUCAAGCGAGUCAGUAGCCGGGCACAGAAACUCCAACAGCCGCCAGUGAUUUUCAUUCAGCGUGGAGCUUGCGGGAAAUCCCAGGACAACCCCAACAGCCUGAGACACAAGUACAACUUCAUCGCUGAUGUGGUGGAGAAGAUCGGCCCAGCCGUGGUGCACAUUGAACUCUACCGCAAGAUGGUGUACUCCAAGCGUGAGAUGGCGGUGGCGAGUGGGUCGGGCUUCGUGGUGUCUGAAGACGGGCUGAUCGUCACCAAUGCCCACGUGGUGGCCAAUAAGCACCGGGUGAAGGUGGAGCUGAAGAAUGGAGAAACGUUUGAUGCCAAGAUCAAAGAUGUGGACGAGAAAGCAGACAUCGCCCUCAUCCAGAUCGACCCGCCGAAAAAGCUGCCGGUGUUGAUGCUGGGGCGAUCGGCUGACCUGAGACCAGGAGAAUUCGUCGUUGCCAUUGGUAGCCCAUUUUCCCUCCAAAACACCGUUACCACGGGGAUCGUCAGCACCACACAGAGAGGUGGCAAAGAGCUGGGCCUUCGCAACUCCGACAUGGACUACAUUCAGACUGACGCCAUUAUUAAUUAUGGCAAUUCAGGAGGACCUCUGGUCAAUCUGGAUGGAGAGGUGAUUGGGAUCAACACUCUGAAAGUGACGGCGGGGAUCUCCUUUGCCAUCCCCUCCGACAAGAUUCGGCAGUUUCUUGCCGAAUCUUACGACAGGCUAUCCAGAGGCAGAGGAACAGCAAAGAAGAGGUACAUCGGUGUGCGGAUGAUGACACUGACUCCAGCCUUGGCCAAGGAGCUCAAAGGACGACAGAGAGACUUCCCUGAUAUCACUUCCGGGGCGUACGUCAUGGAGGUCAUCUCCAAGACACCAGCUGCAGUAGGUGGACUGAAAGAGCAUGACGUCAUCAUCUCCAUUAACAGCCAGCGCAUCUCCUCGGCGACUGACGUGAGCAGCGCCAUCAAGAGGGACACCACGUUACGCAUAGUCGUGCGCCGAGGCAACGAGGACGUCAUCCUCACCAUCAUUCCCAUGGAGAUUGAACCUUGACCUUUAGUUCUGACCACCCAGGCGAUCAAUGUUGCCACACUAAUGAACUUUCUGAGACCACGCCCACUGGAGGCUAUGUGGCCAAUAGGCUCUUGCCUUCAAUAUGACUGCCAUGUGUAGGCGCCGCCCCGUUAAUGGUAGAUUGUACAGAGCACAUAUGGGCCUGCGUUUUAGGUCCUGUCUCUGAUCCGCUGGAUCACUUUUUUAAUUAUGUGUGCAUUAAUAAACGCUACUACUGUUUACUGUCAAACACAAGCUACUUGAUCUGUGUUUAGGAAUUUUGUUUUUGUUAUUUUUUUUAUUAGUGAGUUCUCUCUUAUUGCUCAGAAAGACCCAGCCAUACAAAAAUAAAGCGCUCUAGAGGAACAUUCAUUUUUGAGCAUUGAAUAGCAGUUUUGUACUUUUUUGUAAAAAAAAGAAAAAGAAAUAGUCAAUGUGCCUUUGUUCUUUAACAGUUGUUAUUUACACAACACAAUAAAAGAUUUUUUUAAUAGUGUCCUUUAGUUUUGCAAAUAUUAUUUAAUGGCAUUUUAGUGAUGUCCAUGCCAACCUGAGACAAAUAACAUUAGGCACUGUAAAAAAAAGCGAACUAAUGAUGUGGGAAAAAGAGAUUUGGUCCGUGUCUAACCCCACAUUCUACUUUGACCUCAGCUUUAACAAUAUUCUCACAGGCCCAGAAGCUGUAGAAAUUCCUUCAGGCUAUGCUGAGACGCGGAGCCACAACAGUGAAUGG